GUACUUGUCAGCACAAGACAGAAUAUAUACCCAGGAAAUGUCUCUAAAGCCAGAACACAACCCUCAUAUCACUCCGCCCGCUUUUACUUACCCAACGCUUCCGGAAGAGCCUUAUACCACUCGCAUGAUCCGUCUGCUGCCGCAUAAGGAUAAGAGUGCUCCAAUACAGUGUGUGCUGUUCAACUAUGAUUUAUCAGAGACAGGCGGUGGAACACACCUGUAUGAGGCACUUUCUUAUGUAUGGGGAAGUGAGCUGAAGCCUGAAUCAAUCAUGCUAAACGGCUGUAUCUUCCAUGUCACAACAAAUCUCCACCGCGCACUUAUAAACCUCCGAAACCGCCAACUUGACAGAGUACUAUGGGUUGAUGCAAUAUGCAUUAACCAGGACGAGGAAGAUCAGGGAAAUGAGAAAAGCAAGCAGAUCCCACUGAUGCGGACGAUUUAUGCUCAAGCCGAACGCGUCAUUGUCUGGCUGGGAGAGGCCACAGAGAAUGGUGAUCAAGCGCUUGGAAGUAUUCGUCGCCUUGGAGAAGGUCAGGAUAUAACCUCUAGCCUGGACAAUCCGGAACCCUCUGAUGCAUGUCUGCGGUUGCUACAGCGAGAUUGGUUUAGUCGUAUCUGGGUGCUUCAAGAAGUGGGCGUCGCACGAUGUGUUUAUAUCAUGUGUGGCCCUGUUUCUAUAAACGGACACGUCUUCUGUGAAGGCCUUAGCAGACUAGGGCUAUCCUCAGAUUUCCGGAGCAGGAUUGGCCCUGUUGCUUAUCUCAUAAAAGGCGCACUUUAUCGGCCUAAAUAUGAGCUUGGUUCGCGAGGGUCCAUCUCUGUAGGGGAGCUCAUUGGCAUGUAUCAAAACCAUAAUGCGACCAAGCAGCAUGACAAAGUAUAUGCACUGUUAGGCUUAAGUGCCGACCCUAUCACAGCUGCCCUAGAGCCGAACUAUAGCAUCCCAUGGAAGGAGGUUUUCAAGCAGGUCGUCAAUCAUAUAUUCCCCGAAUGUUCGGUGGACACAUGGAAUGAUACAGAAACAGUUGUUAUCAAAGGCAAAGGACUGAUCUUAGGCAAUAUUAACUUGGUUGAGGAGAGUGUCUCUGAAUUUGGGAAACAAAAUAUUGAAGUCCUCUUAAAUGAUACUGCCCGGUGGUUUGGUUUCAAUUCUUUAUGGGAAACUAAUUGGAAACCGCAGGCCUCUGCAGUGCCGAUUCAGGCUGGUGAUAUCAUCUGCCUUUUGAAAGGGGCCUCAAAGCCAAGCAUCAUAAGGCUGUGCAGAGACCAUUUCAUCGUCGUCAUACCAGCAGUGACACCUCAGCAGAAACAGGAUAAAGAGAGUUCAGCGGUAAUAUCUCAGGAAAGACUAUCUAGGAGUGGUCUUCAUGACAUUCUACUCACAUGGAAAAUUCCUGGCGCUAAAACAAAAAGUAAGGAUAUGUUUGAGGUGAUGUCCCAGCUCAGUGAGAUAGCACCAAAUUAUCGAGAAGAGUGGUCCUAUACCGAAAGGAGAUUGGAAUACACAGGGCUCGCCGUGAUAAGUAUUGCAAUGACAAUAAUAAGUCAAGGAAGAUUCAAAACCGAGCCAAUAGAACAACUACUCCGUCAAAGUGGAACAAAAGAUUCAAUCAUCAAAGAAUUGGUUAGGGGUUCCGCAAACAAAAAUAAACGACAUACACAGACAGUCCCAGAUCAUUUCUUCGUGUACCAAGAAAAGUACCUAUCAUUUUCAGAAGAAAUGAUUAUAGAUGUAGCAACAAAUUAUGGAUCAUAUGGUUGCAUCAUCGUGGAAAUCCUCCUGCAGUACCAAAGAGCGAGUCUCCCAGUCUCUGAAGAAGUGGUCAAGGCAGCAGCAGGGAAUAAUGCAGAAUUGUCUCUGUCGGUAUCCAUGGAAACUCUUUGA